AUGAUACCCAUACAAGCUCUCAGUACCAAAGAAGCUACUCUAGAGCUACUCGGGCAGGUCGUCUCGGAGCGUCUCGGAAAAGAAGUCAAGGCCAUCGAUGCCAUUGGCAAAGAUGAGCUUAGUAGGACGUUCUCUGUCAAACUACAUGAAGGAGAUAUGAUCGUUGCUCGUGUCGCAUCACCUCACAUGCCUUCCAUAAUCAUCGAAUCAGAGGUUGCGACCAUGAAAUACAUCGCCGACCAAACCACACUUCCUGUGCCCAAUAUUCUCUCGUAUGAACUGGAUCCGAAACACCCACUUGGUCCCUUCAUCCUGAUGGGGAAGGUGUCACAGGCGCCAGGUGUAAAAUUGGAGAGCAUCUUUGAUCGCCUCUCUCAAGAUACGCAGGAUGCUCUGGUUGCACAAAUCGCCAGAUUUAUGCUUGAGAUUUCUCAUCAUCACUUUUCCUCCAUUGGCAGUCUUCAAUUUCUACGCACGUCUCUCACGCCUCCGUCACCUCCAUCGCCUCUCGCCGAACCAUUCCAGAUCGAAGGGAGCACAGUGGUUGGGCCUCUCACACAUCCGUCUUUCUAUGUCGACGGGCGUGUCUCUAUUCCCCUUGACCGCGGACCUUUCCCCUCCUCUCGUAAAUACUUCGAGGCCUGUGCCCAGCGUGAGCUUGAUUCUUCUCGAGCGCUCUUCACGCAAGGUGCCCCGGAAGCAUACCAACGCGAACUCGAGGACGGCCAAUUACUAGUCGAAAGAUGUGUCAGCCUCAUACAUAACAUCAUCCCCCACUGUCAAACGCUAGACAACGGGGACGCAGAGCUAGCAAAAUUCUCGCUGGACCUUCACGAGCUGGGGCUUCAAAGGGUGUUUGUAAACCCGGACGAUCCGGCCCAAAUUCUCUCCAUCGUUGAUUGGGGAUCGACCACGACCCGUCCUCUCUGGUGCUGCGCACGAUUGCCGCAUUGGCUUUCGCCUUCCCUAUUGAGCGACCACCACGACACCGACCAACCGAAGCACAGGCUGUCCAACGUCUUUCGAAGGACGAUCAUGGAGGCAGAGGGGCCAGAGUCUCCGUACUUGCGCGCAUUGGACAGCGAUGAUGUCCGCCAUGCGCUUGAUGAAGUAACGGAGUAUGACGCGUUCAAAGACGGCUUCCUCGUCCUGCCAACGCUCGAGAGCAUACUUGCCACCCUGCCAGGCAAGGAAGACUUGGAUGGCCUCAAGAAACUGUUCGACCCAAAGACGUUCACCGGCAGAGCUGCCCGGAUUUCCCUGAUGACACACGGCUCGAACGCUCUCUUCCUGGCGAUGUCUCCUCCAGCAAGCCCCAUCCAAGAGAUGCCAUCUGCGGCUAAGUUUCAAAGGCCCACUCGAUAUUCGCCACAGCCGUCAACGUAA